CAAGAACGGCAGCUUGGGACCUUCUCAGCCCCCGGCACCUCAGCGCUGACGCCGCCGCAGCACCGGACACAGCGCAAGAGACAAAGGCGGACACGGCCGCUGCUGCGACCCGCGCACGUUCCGAGGCUGUUCUCGCCGGCGAAGGGAGAGGCAGGACCGGGGCAGAGAGGCCGGGCCAGCGGCAGGAGCGGGGCGGCAGCCGCAGCCCCCCGGGCGGCCUCGCCGCGCCGCUCCCCUCAGCACGCGGCACCGAGGCCCGUCCGGCCCGCGCUCGCCUGCCGGGCACCCCCACACCCCAUAGCUCGCUCCGCCGCCACCCUGCGAUCCCGGCGGCCAGAGGCCGAGGCAGCUGGGAGCGGCCGCGGGGCAGAAUCCGAGGAGCGGCCGGGAAGCGAAAGCGCAGCUACCGACAGAACACCCCGCUCGGCAAGCCUGCCUCCCCGCCGGCGCGCGGCUAUGACGUCACAGCAUGGACCCGAAGGCCCCUUUCCAUGCUGGUCAACAACAAUAAUGCCUACGCAGAAGUGGCGGAAACUCGAGAUAGACUCCCCCCUUUUUUAGCUCCCGGGCGCCGCUCUGAAGCGCUAAGUCCUUCCGCGGGGCGUCGACGUGCCCUCUCUGGCCCGCCUCUGCGCUGGCGCAGCGCGGCUCAGAGACGGCAUAGAGUCGGACAGCCCAGGGCCGGGAGAAUGAGAACGAAACCCCCCCCGCCUUCCCUGAACCACCUGCUGGCGGGAGGGGCGUCGGUCACGUGGCUGCCAUGGCAACGCGGCCCUCCCGCGAGGCAGCCCCGCCCCGUCCAGGCCUUCAUGCGGCGGGGGCGGCCGGCGGGGCUGUGGCUGCCGAUGGCCGGGGCGCUGUUGGCGCUGCUGGCGCUGCUCUGGGGCUCGCAGUUUUUAAAAGCCUUUGAUUACUUCCCUCAUUGGAAUGGACAGCAGCAGAUGUACAAGCUGGACAUAGGCUGGCCUAAACUUCCAGAAUACUUCACUGGCCAAACAUUUUGUGUUGCUGUCGACUCUCUUCAUGGUUUGGUCUAUGUGGGACAAAGGGGAGACAAUGUACCAAAGGUGCUUGUAUUCUCAGUGGAAGGCUAUUUUCUUUACUCCUGGAAUGAAACAGUUGAAAUGCCUCAUGGUAUCUUUGUAUUGAACACUGCAACAGAUAGUUCAGUAUGGAUCACAGAUGUUGGAACAGGGAAAUAUGGGCACACCGUGAAACAGUAUAGCCCUUCAGGUAAACUCCUGCAGGUCUUGGGCACACCAGGUUAUGCUGGUUCAAGUUUGAUUCCCCUACAAUUUGAUCAACCAGCAGAAAUCUUUGUAGAGGAAAGUGGAGAUCUCUAUGUUGUGGAUGGAGACGGAGGAAUGAAUAACAGAUUGCUCAAACUAUCCAACGACUACAAAGAGAUAUGGCUGACUGGGACAAAUGGGACCGGCAUUGGUCAGUUCAAGAUUCCUCACAGUGUAACAGUGGAUCCUGUUGGACGGGUAUGGGUUGCAGACAGAGACAACAAAAGAAUCCAAGUUUUUGAUAAAGUCACAGGGGAAUGGCUCGGGUCUUGGAACAACUGUUUUUCAGAAGAUGGACCCUAUUCUGUCAGAUUUACUGCAGAUUACAAAUACCUGAUUGUCGCCCAGCUGAAUAUCAACCGGUUAGCGAUCUUGGCAGCACCACCGGUUGGCGCUAUUGGGGACUGUGUUAUGGUCAACACUGUCCAGCUGGCGGAUGAAACCAAACCACAUCUUGUGGAUGUAGACAUGAAGAGUGGAGCAGUCUAUAUUGCAGAGAUUGGAGCCCAGCAAGUACAAAAGUACAUACCCUUAAGCUGAUGGUUUCCCACAACUACCAUGGCACAAGCUGUGUGACAUACAAGAUCUAUGACCAUAUUUCCUUGAGUUUUCUGUAGCUUGUGUUUCCUUUGACAAGCACAGAUCAUUGUGCUCCCAGAACUUCAGGGCUGAGAAUCUGUCCUAGCUGUUCUGCAGUCCUGGAGGAGUACUUGGUCUUGAGCCGUUACUCAUUUUAGUGAUGCUAUGGUGGCUUUGGCUUUUGUUGCUGAGAAUUGUACGAUGACAUUGUAAAAUUAAGCAUCUUAAUUUUAUUAUAUAAAAGUUUACAAACACAGCUGCUGUUCUUAAAUGUAUAAAGUCAUCUUGGGGCUACUCUCCUUAGCCUGUGGAUGUUGUUAAAUGAAGGUCAAAACUGUCUGAAAGUAGUAUAUAAGUGAUUUCCUGGGAAGCAAGCACCUUGUUUUAAUGUUACUUCACAAGAUUUAUGGAAUCAUUGUGCUGAUACUGCCGAACACUGAAUACAGGAAUGCAUUAUAAUGUUGAAUAAGGUGCUGCUGGAUCCUGGUACAGUGCCGAUGCUGGCAUCUGCCUUAAGUGGUUAAUGCCAUAAGCAUUGAAACCUAAGUUUUCAGCUCUAGCUAAAGUAGUAAAUGCUGUAAUAAGCUUAAGUUAAAUGGUAUCAUGCACUUCAAACUAAAUUAGAAGUAUGUGCACAGCAGCUAAUUACUGAUUCCUAACUAAAUCAAUUCUUAACCUGAUCUGUUUUAUACCAGGGUGAGUUUUCCGCUACAUAAGAUUUCAUAGUGGAACAUAUUGAAGUUCAACUCAUUUAAGUUACUCGAGGUAAACAAAUUGCAAUUUUCUAGGGAAGUCUUAAUCAGCACUGGGGACUGGGAGACGCAAUUUUUUCUCCCAAUUUUAUUGAAACUGUCAGUUAAUAGCACUGCAUCUGUCUUGAUUCAGGGAUUGUUAACUGUUUGAUAUUCAGCACCUAGACUUCAUCAACUCCCAUUAAUGUCUAGAGCUAAGUUUCUUACACUACAUCCUAGCAGAUGCCUCCAACCUCUGUCCUAAAAAAUGAUAUCUCUUUCCAUUGCCAGUCCAGAGUGGUUCAGUUUUCUUUAUGUGUUGUUUCAAGGUUUUAAGUUAGUUCACUUUAUAGCACGGAGGGAACUGGGUAUAGGAAAAUGGCACAGCAGAAAUCAGACAGUGAAUAACUGAUUACCUCUGUAAAGGAUCCACAUUCCAUGUUUAUCUACUAGCUCUUCAAAACAUUUCAGAGGAUUUUUGCAGUUUCCACACACUUAUUCUACUGUGUGGACUAUUUUAAUGCUAAUUACCAGCUAAGAGCAGUAGCCUUUUUUUAUUUUCUUGUUUUUAAUAUCCUUAGAAAGGGAAUUUGGAAAAUGGAAUUAUUCUGAUGGGAAAUAUCCACUUCAGUGAACUUAAUCAAAAGCAAAUGCAUCCUAAUUUGGCAGGUUUCAACAUAUGACCGCGAAUUUCUAGGUCAGCAGAUGGGAAUACUGUCCAGAAAAGUCACAUUCAGAUUUUCUGUGGAAAGCAACUCAUCUGUGGAGCCUGAUGGCCUGAUUUCAGUACCAUUUGAGAUUAAUGCACUAAAUAUGAAUGCUGUAAUGUUGGCUGCAUCCACAAUAACAAAAGUAGAUCUAAUCUAGCUGCCCUCAUCCAAGCCUUAGAACCAGAACUUCAGAGUUAUACACUAGUAAAUAUGACCUAUCAUUCACAUGGUCUUGAAUGUGAGCUAGUAAGCAAUAUUUAUUAGCUGAAAAAGUAGUACUUUCUCUAGAUCUGGGUGGAUAUGUCCACAUUGCUUUGCAGUGUGUUGUGUGGAUUUUCCAACUAGGUCGCCACUAGCUCAGGGAUCUCUGCUCAGUGUGCAAUUUAGCUAUUACUCACCUACACAACAUGAAUUUAUUUUAAAAAAUAUUCCUGUGAGAUCAUUAACUAUAUUUGAGUGUAUCUUGAUAGUGUAAGGGGUUGAGGCAAAUCAUCCUCCCCCACCACACCCUCUCCUUAUUUAUUUUUCUUCUGUCACAUCCAUUUGAAACAGAACUUGAAGCUCUUUGGGAACAUGCUUCAGUGUUCAUGAAAGGAAUAGUGCACUUUUGGAUGAUGAUGAACAAGUUAUUUCUACAAGUUUCAUGUUUGCUGUGUGGAUCUGCUUUCAACUCUCCUUUUAUGUGGGCUUUUGCAGCCCCUAGAAGUGGGGGAGAAUUCAUGCAGUUUUGUCUGGCUUUACUGAAGUAGGCUGCAGUGCCAAAAUGUGCCUUGCCUUUAGGCACUUGGGUAUCUGUGAUAAGAAGGGAUGCUCAUUAUUAACUAGUACGAGAUACUUAGGCUCCUUUUUAUCUCUGCAUCUAUGACCAGGCUGAGAAAAUGAUUGAUUUGUGCACUAACUUGAUAAUUCUCUGAAGGUUUUCUUAUGUAUCAUCUUGAAACUGAUUUCUGAAAAAUUGCAUAGUAGAAUAAUUUGAUAAAAUAAAUGGAGAUUUUCCCAUUA